UUUUAAGCCUCAGUAUUGUUUUGCAAGUGUGGGGAGAUGUUGCUUUUCCAAAAAAGUCCAUCUUCUUGAACUCCAGGUGAAGCUGGUUUUUUUUCUUUUUCUUUUUAAAACGAGAACGAAAAAGGAGAAUCGUAGCAAAAGCUUUCUGUCUACCAACGCAUUCAUUGGCUGCAGUUCAUUCAUUUGUUUAUUUGCGAAAGCAUCCCACAUGAAACCCUGCAAACUGAAUAGCAGCAUGGAUGCUAGCUUGGAAACGGACCUCCAGUGCCGAAACGGAACAGUCUGUGCAGCAAAGUGUGGCUCUGAGCGCGUGGAGAGCACUGCCAAGCGCAGGCUGGCUGCCAACGCCAGGGAAAGGAGAAGAAUGCAAGGGCUCAACACUGCCUUCGACCGCCUACGCAAAGUGGUCCCCCAGUGGGGGCAAGACAAAAAGCUGUCCAAAUACGAGACGCUUCAGAUGGCCCUGAGUUACAUUAUGGCCCUGACGAGGAUCCUCGCUGAAGCCGAGAGAUACAGUGCAGAGAAAGGCUGGAUUAACUUUCACUGUGAUCAUUUCCACCAGGAGAGUUGCCAUGCUUACACAGGGCAGAAGGUGGCAGCUGAAACAGACCCUUAUGCGCAGAGACUUUUCAGUUUCCAGCCAGACCACUACUAAAUGGGCAAUUAAGAAAUCACUGUGGACUUGCAAAGGCCCGCUUGGUCUUUUGUGUAGAAGUAUUUGAGAACAGGAACUUAAAACAGCUGCAUAAGGCUGGGAUGGUGACGAAAACCGCACUGGAUUCUCAACAGUCGAGAAAGCAGAAAAAAUGUCGAGUCCUUGCCCCGAGAGAUUUGCAUAUCGGGUGCCACCAGGGCGAAUCUUUAUUGGCUGAGGGAUCUGUUGAUGCCACUGGGCUGGAGCCAAAAGCAACAACAAAAA